AUGGGGGAGAAGGGGGCGACCCCGAAGAAGCAGGGGAAGGGGGAGAAAGAGAAGGCGAAGGCGGCGACCCCGAAGAAGAAGGAGAAGGGGGACAAGGCGGCGGCGCCGGAGAAGAAGGAGAAGGGGGACAAGGCGGCGGCGCCGGAGAAGAAGGGGAAGGGGGAGAAGGCGGCGGCGCCAGAGAAGAAAGAGAAGGGGGAGAAGGUUGCUACCAAGAAGAAGGAGAAGGGGGAGAAGGGAGGGAAGGAGAAGAUGGGGGACACGGCGGCGACCCCAAAGAAGAAGGAGAAGAAGGGCGGCGAGGCGGCGGAGCCCGGAUCCGGAUCCGGGAAGCAGGAGCCGUCCGGCGAAGCGGGGAAGCCCAAGCCCAAGCCCACGCCCAAGAAGGCGAAGCAGCAGGCCUCAGACGGGGCGGCCAAGGAGACGCCCAGCAAGAGGAAGCGCGACGACGCCGGGGAACCCCAACCCCAGAAGUCGGCCAAGAGCGCCAAAAAAGUGGACGAGGCCACGCCCACCAAGAAGAAGCAAGCCUCCUCCGGCGGUGCUGAGAAGGCCACCACACCCACCAAGACACCCCAGAAGAAGGAGGCAAAGAGCGCCAAGAAAAGCCCCGGCAAGGCGGAGAAGGCCACGCCGACCAAGAAGCAGCAGGCCUCCGGCGGGCCGGAGAAGGCCACGCCGAGCAAGAGGAAGCAUGGCGAUCUGGAAUCCCCAAAGGCGGCGAAGAGCGGGCAGAAUGGCUCUUCGCCUGCGAAGAAACAGAAGGGCAAGGCAGCAGGGGCGGCGCCGGUGGCUGCCGAGCCGGGCACCUGCAGCUUCCCGAUGGCGCGGGUGCGGCUGCUGAUGCGGGACAAGGACGCCACCAUCCGAUCUAACAAUGAGACCGUCUUCCUCGUCAACAAGGCCUCGGAGUUAUUCUUGGAGGUAUUUGCGAAGGAUGCUCAUCAGAAUGCCCUGAAGGAACGUAAAAAGUCAAUUACCUACGAGAACCUUUCGACGGCGGUGUGCAAUGAGAAACGGUACAAGUUCCUAUCAGGCAAGGACAGGUUGAGUAACAAGCAGAGUUCUAAAUUUGCGUAUGCAACUGAUACUCUCCUUCCGGGCCAAUUUCUAAGUGGUAACCAGACCUUGCUUUCGAAAAAUGGUGCCUUCAAGUUGGGUUUCGACUGCCUGUUUCCUCCUUGUGGUUAUGAUUCUACGUUUGGCAUAUGGUAUAUUAAGUCAUCAGCUUGUCGCCCUCUUCUAGUUUGGUCGCCCUUAGGUGAUUCCACAAACUGUUACCCUGUGUACUCGAGCUUUGGCUUCACAACCUAUGGCAACUUAGAACUAGACUGUAUUCCAGUUAGCGGUGGAAUAAUUCCUGGAUGGUCAUCAUAUCCGUAUUCAUCAGAAGUUAUAAAUAGUACUACUACUUCUCUACUCACAGUGCUUCUUGACAAUGGAAAUCUCGUAAUAAGAGAUCCAGUGAAGAGUUCACUGGUGAUCUGGCAAAGCUUUGAUAAUCCAAUUGGUACACUGCUGCCUGGAGGAUGGCUGGGAUUUAAUAGAAACACGAGCAACAACAUCUUCCUUAUUCCCCAUGCUUCUGUUAUAUACUGGGAUUACAACUAUGGUUUAGUUCUGGCCAUGAAUCCAAACCAAGGUGGAGGGUUUAUUGUCGAACAGAUUGAUGAAUAUGUUUCCAAUAAGGAAGAUUAUCAUGAAAUUUAUCACGGCACUUUCCCCAGCUGGAUGGGGAUACAUCAAGAUGGAGGCAAUUUUCUCCUGUUCAGCGAUGCACGUGUAUAUGUACAGCUGAAUAACGGCGGUACUAUGACUGCAGCUAAACUUGGGGAAUGUGGAUCUGUGUUGUGGUCUGCUCAUGCUCCACAUAUUCACAAGAUACAAAUUGUUAUUUCAACAGUGAUAGUUGUGUUAACCCUCGUCCUCACUGGUCUAGUUCUUUUGCGGAUAAUCCAGAAGAAGUCAUUUAUGGACAGACCGGUGAAUUCGAACAGCAGCCUCACGAUCUUCUCAAACGCCCAGAUAAAGAAAGCUACCGGAAAUUUCUCGGUAAAGCUUGGAGAAGGAGGUUUUGGCUGUGUUUUCAAGGGAACAUUGCAAGGUUCCUCUGUGGUGGCUGUCAAGAAGCUAAAAGAAUUUGGACAAGGGGAGAAGCAAUUCCGAGCGGAAGUGCAAACGAUUGGAAUGAUCCAACACAUCAAUGUUGUUCGUUUAUUUGGAUUUUGUGCCGAAGGAAGUAAAAGGCUGCUGGUGUACGAGUACAUGGAGAAUGGAUCUUUGAGUUCUCAUCUGUUUUCGAAAAGCCCGGCAGCUUUGGGCUGGGAGGUCCGGUACCGGAUAGCACUUGGAACUGCAAGAGGCUUGGCUUACCUGCAUGAGGGAUGCACGGACUGUAUCAUACACUGUGACAUGAAGCCGGACAAUGUACUCCUUGACGCAGAUUUCUGUCCUAAGGUUGCAGACUUUGGUUUGGCCAAACUUCUUGGCCGGGAUUUUAGCAGGGCAUUGACAACGAUGCGUGGGACCAUCGGAUACCUUGCGCCGGAGUGGAUCUCAGGGCUACCGAUCACGCAUAAGGCUGAUGCCUACAGCUACGGAAUGAUGCUUCUUGAAAUCGUAUCGGGGCGAAGGAAUGCGGAGAAAAUCAAACAGGGGAGGUUUACUUACUUUCCCAUCUUUGCUGCAGUCAAGGUGAAUGAAGGAGAUGUUAUGUGCCUGCUGGAUAGCAGGUUGGAAGACGAUGUGGAUGUGGAUGUGGAGCAGCUGAUCAGGGCUUGCAGAACUGCAUGCUGGUGCAUUCAGGAUGCUGAAGAUCAUAGGCCAAUGAUGGGGCAAGUUGUUCAGAUGCUUGAAGGCGUUCUGGAUGUCCAAGUACCUCCCGUUCCAAGGUCGCUCCAGAAUUGGGUGGAAAAGCCACACUGCUCAGCUCUUAGAUACCAGAAUUAA